UAAAGUACUCCUUAUAUAUUCUCUUCUUCUCUCUUUCUCUUGUGCUCACUAAUAACAAAUGGGUAAUAGUACUACUGGGAAAGAUCUAUUUCGAUCUGUUGCCAAGCUCUUCAAAACCCAUUUGCUAUCAAAUUAUUUAUUUCAUUUUGUUUUCUUUAUCAUUGGUUUCUCCAUUGGAAUCAUAAUCACUUUUUAUUUCAAGAGCUUUUCAUUCACCUCGCAAGCCUUUCUAAAUUCUUACCAAUAUUCACUACUAAAGCCUUUAAAGCCCGAUCAACAAUAUUCUAACUCGAGCUCUAAUUAUAGUAAUAACAGUUUAAUUUCAUUGAAUGAUGAGGAUCUGUUAAGAAGAGCAUCGAUGAUUAAUUCUCGAAUUGAAGAAUUGGUUGGUGUUCCAAAAGUGGCUUUCAUGUUCUUGACGAAAGGUCCUCUUCCAUUGGCACCCUUGUGGGAGAAAUUCUUCCAAGGACAUCAAGGACUUUACUCCAUUUAUGUUCAUGCAGAUCCUUCUUUCAAUGAUACAGUGCCUGAAACUUCUGUCUUCUAUGGUAGAAGAAUUCCCAGCCAGCCGGUUUAUUGGGGAACAGGAACAAUGAUAGACGCGGAGAGACGUCUCUUAGCAAAUGCACUCCUAGACACCUCUAACCAAAGGUUCAUCUUGCUCUCUGAAUCUUGCAUUCCUUUAUUCAAUUUCAAAACAGUUUACGACCACCUUAUCAACUCCAAAAUAAGCUUCCUAGGCUCAUUCGACGAUCCAAGAAAGCUAGGGCGUGGUCGAUACAACCCGAAAAUGUGGCCACAGAUAAACAUCACAGAUUGGAGAAAAGGGUCUCAAUGGUUUGAAGUUCAUAGAGAGCUUGCCAACCUCAUUGUUUCUGACCAAAAGUUCUACCCAAUUUUCCAAGAAUAUUGUCACCCACCAUGUUAUAUGGAUGAACAUUAUUUUCCAACCCUUGUGAAUAUGUUAAGCCCUGAAUCGAAUUCCAAUAGGAGUAUUACUUGGGUUGAUUGGUCAAGGGGUGGAUCCCAUCCUAGAAAAUUUGGAUGGGUGGAUAUUAAUGAUGAGUUUCUUAAUCAGAUUAGGUUUGGAUCUGAUCAGUGCUUGUACAAUGGGAAUAAAACCUCAAUGUGUUUCCUAUUUGCUAGAAAGUUUUUACCUAAUACAUUGGAGCCUUUACUAAGGAUUGCUCCUUUGUUGCUUGGUUUUGACCCUUAG